AUGAACAUGCUCCGAGCGUGUGCAACAAGCUACCCCGACUUCUUCAACGAAUUUCUGCCGCGCCUCAAUGCUGUGUUAUUACACCGACAUCGACAGGCGCUUCUUGGUGGCCGGUUAAAGACGUUGAACGAGGCUCCUCUGCAGCCCCAUCGCGACUUUGAUCUGGUUACAUUGGCUUUGACGACAGUUGAUGGCAAAAUGGAGGAGCUGUGGGUCGCCAGUCAGGAUGGCCGUGUCGCCGUGGACGCACAGGCGACAGUCUUCUUGCGUGACAUCAGACCCGGUCACUUUGCGGCCCAUCUUUUGCGAAGGGACCGAUUCGGCGUCCUCGCUGCUCGGGGCGAAGCUUGCCUGCCAUCUUCGCCAAGACACCAGCAUACCAUGCCGCUGAAAACCUCGCCUGCGGAAGUGAGUACAGGCGAUGAUGAUGGCCCGGGAGAUGCUCAGAUAGCACCUGCACAGGACCAACUUCGGGACACACAGCCCAGCUUAGACGUGUCGCUGAAUCAGCUAGAGAACUUCCAGGAGAUGUCCUCUGCGCCCUCGGAAGCGAUGCCACUCUUUGACUCGAUGUGGGACUGGAACAGCGCAGACCUGUCCUACAGCAUCGAUAUGCACAAUCCCAUGUGCUGGCAAUCUUCAGCCUUGUUCUUUUCGCCCUCAGCCAUGAACUCCUUUGGGCAACCUCAACCUUCGACCAUAACAUCAGAACCCACAACCCCCAGCUUUUCAGGCCCAUCUCGACUCCAUUCGGAACCUAGCCCAACCUCACCACAAUCCAGCGAGUUGGAAGCCGACCUGUUCACCUCAGCAGCUCUAUAUCUUGGAACGGCUCCAAUCACAGGAAAAGGCUUGGCCAGCCUGGAGGAAACGCUUCAUAACCAAUAUUACCCUACAAUUAUGCCUUAUAUCGACGGCAUGCUUGCAAAGGAGGCCCGGCAAGACCCCCUUGAAACCCACCAAGACCAGGCACCACCGCUGAAGGCAGCAACAAAAUGGGCCUCGAUGUGGACGCAAGGUAAUGCGGUCCUGCCCGGUCGUGCUGCAUCUCCCAUGGAUGCUGAUGUGCUCUAUCUCACCUCCGACGAAGCUAUCCAGGCCGCUAAAGCACACCAAGUGUUCGAAAAGCCAGUGAUCAUCAAGGAAACCUUUCUAGAUUCUGGUAUGCACGCCAUGCUUGAUUCUUUGUGUUUAUUGGAGGAUGAACUUGCCAACUCUGUUCACGAUCGAGGCACUUCCAAUCUCAGGAACAUGACCCACUCGCAUCGACCUUUGUUGACCAUGCUUCCACGUUUCCGUCUACUAGACUGUCUGGUAGAGCGACUCAGACUACGCACUAGCAGGAGUGCCAGUGCAUGCCAACAACUAGGAAGCCCCGAGGUUUUGCCUGAGAUCAGAACUGACUUCAACGCCGUCACCCUUCCCCAUCUCUGCUUUGGGCCAUCCUUUGCCACCAUGAGUGGGGUUUGGUUGCGUAAUCUUGAGGGUCUCAAAAUCUGCAUCUUUGCCUCUCUUUCUGACACUGAUACGGACCCUGCGCUGAAGAGUCUUGAGAGAAGUGAUGCACAAAGGGCUUUUAUUUUGGAGCAGGACGAUAUACUCAUCAUACCCCCUGCUUCGAGAAUAGUUUACACCGUUUAUUCCCCUGUUCAGGGUAUCAUGGAAGGGGGUAUAUUUUGGGAUAGUCUUGCUCUCAGUAGUCUUUUGGACAGCACAAUGUGGAUUCAAAGACGUGGACCAGGGGUGGCGUCAAAGUUCGAUCAAGACAUCACAUUCCACUCUCGACAGCUGCUAGGACUGUUAGAAGCGUUGAGGUCUCUUAUGGACGUACAUCCCCAUUUGUUCGGGGACAGCAUUGUACCCAGUCUGUUGGAGAGUUUGGACCAGGCUUUGGCUAGAUCUGAUCACAGUAGGGAGGCUCAAGAAUUGAAAUGA